GUAUGACCCCAGAAAAUUCUAACACCUAUUUGUCAACCUUAGAGACAGGAUAAUCUUAUCGGUCUCGUUUUUUAACCAAUCUUCUGCCACUAGUACAAAUCAAAAUGAUUUCUAUGGAUGGCUUGCCGUUGCCGGGUUGGCCUUAUAUAUGGCUUUCUUCUCGCCGGGGAUGGGACCUGUGCCAUGGACAGUGAACUCUGAAAUAUAUCCACAAGAGUACCGAGGAAUGUGUGGAGGCAUGUCAGCUACUGUGAAUUGGGUUUCGAAUUUAAUUGUGGUACAGUCAUUUCUAUCUAUUGCUGAUGCUGCCGGGACCGGUCCUACUUUCUUGCUUCUUGCUAUAAUAGCUGUGAUUGCAUUUUUGUUUGUGGUUUUCUUUGUUCCAGAAACGAAAGGAUUGACAUUUGAUGAAGUGGAACUGUUAUGGAGGGAGAGAGCUUGGGGUAAAAAUCUUGACACUAAAACGCUUCUUGAGCAUGGAAGUCAAUCCUCUUAGAAGUUGCAGUGAUUUAAAUAUGUUGUUAUUAUAUGAAUAAAACUCGGAUAAUAAAGGUGGAGUUCUUGCUAAUAUGCUAUGAGGCAAACCUCUGCAAGUGCUUUCUUGGGGGCACUGAUUGCUUCUAGUAAUUACAUAUUGAGGCUAGUAAGAGUGAGAUUCAAAAAGAAUUUUGUGUUUAUAUUUUAUUGUAUUUUUAUCAUUUAAAAAAAUCCAAAAAUAUAUUAAAAAAGAAUUGAUUUAGUCUUUUAAUUUUGACUCAUCAUUGAAUAUACCAUC